AUGGCUUCCAGACCCCAGACGUUCACGAAGGUCGACCUCACUCCGCGGAAGCACCAUGGCUAUCAAGUGCUCCUCUUCAUCCUCGGGACGCUAGUCCCGCCUCUGGCCGUUGCAGCAAGAUUCGGCAUUGGCACGGACUUCUUCAUCAAUGUCGUCCUCACGAUCUGUGGCUACAUCCCGGGGCAUGUCCACAACUUCUACGUCCAGAACAUCCGCAACAACAAGAACCGACGCCGGACGCCGAAAUGGGUAGCGAAGUGGGGGCUGGUGGACACAUCAGACAUCCAGCGCAAGGAGCGACGAUCGCAGUGGGCUUCUCGCUACAAUGAUCGCCUCCCUGCAUCUACCCUCCGGGACCAGCCGUACGCGGAGGGCCAGGAGGGAAGUUCCAGUGUGGAUCUCGCGUCGGAGAAUGGCGACGCCCGGCAACACACCAACGGCAGUGGGGAGUUCUGGAGCCGCAACGAAGAGCAGUACUACGGGGGAUCCGGCCAAGGCGACGCAGGCUCGACCCGGUGGCGCUACCCGGCCAACUUCGAGGACGCUGCGCCCGUGAACCAGAAGAAGAGCAAGAGGAGCAAGAAGGACAAGAAGGAUCGGUGGGCGCGGACGGAGGACGCCUACAGCAUCACGGACGGCGAGGCACCGAAGCGGAAGAAGAAGUCCAAGAGGAAGAGCCGCCGUGCCACGGACGACGAUGACAUCGUCUCGCGCAACUCGUCGACAACCGAGUUCCCGGAGGAUGCUGAGGGUGGCCUGUAUGGGCCGUCGACGCGGGUGGCAGAGCCGGCAUCUCAUGAUUCACGAGGCGGCGUUCACCCCACUGAAGAGGAUUUGCUGAACCAGGAGGUCUGA